CCUUCUCCCUUUUACCUUUCUUUCAUCCAACUCCAUCAAAUUCAUCUUCAUCUUUACAUCUUCAUCUCCAUUUUCUCUCUCCUAAAUCAAACAAUACCUCAAAAAUGGCGACUUCUUUUCUACCUUCGCAAACCUUUAUUGUCCGCGCUUCCGGCGUCUCCGACAACACUCGCCGGAAAACCACCACAUCCGCCGCUUCCGGCGGUGGAAAGUGGUGGUCGCCACUCUUCGGAUGGUCCUCUGACGCCGAUUACAUUGACUCUGGCUCAAAAAUCGAAGGAACUCCGGUGAAAUCGGAGGAUAUGCCGUCGAAACCGAAGUUUUCUCGCGGAUGUUUCACCGAAGAAAAGGCGAGGCAGCUGAGGUUGAUGACGAAGGAAACGGCGGCGUUUCAUGAUAAAAUGUAUCACUCCGCCAUUGCUUCUCGUCUUGCUUCUGAUUUCUCCGCUCAUGACUCAGAUCGUCAAUGACCUAAUUUCACCGGCGCAUCGUUUUGUCCGCAUUUUCUCUCUCUUUAGAUUUAUAUUUUAUUUUAAUUUUGAAAUGUUAUUGUUGAAUUUGGGUUGAUUUAGUUAGCAUCAUGCAUGAAAAACUUUGUUUUUGGUAAUUUUUUAUGAUGAUGUAAUAUUGUAAUGAAUGUGGACAAAAAUUAGGUGCGCCUUCAUUAAUCUAUCUGUAAUUAUUCAUUACUCUAAUUAUCUUGUUUUUUACAUUUUCAUUAUUGUAUAUAAUUCCCUUUUUAUCUA